UCGGUGUUGGAGCCGCAAGUGUUAGCCCUCUCAGCGAAAACCCCAGCUUCAAAAGCAGAGUGGAGGAGAUGCAGACACGGAUGUAAUGCAAUAAUAAUUAUGUGAAACGGGAGGAGGAAAUCACGAAGAAAAGAUUUCUAAAUUCCUCUCUAGCCUUCAUCCAUGGCCUCCAUCUCUACGUCCUUCCCUGUCCCACUCCACCGCAACUCCGUCCCUUUUCGGCCCUUCUCUCUAAUUCUCCCUUUCUGCUCUCUCCCAACUCCAGUUCUCCCGAGGUUGUUAGCUCUGAGAACCACGGGAACGGAUGGGAUACGGGUCAGGAGCCAUGGCGCCCAGGAUCCGGCCCUCCUGAGGAGGCCAUCGCCUCCUUCGCCGGAAGACGGAGAUUCUGCGAUCAGUUCCGACGAGGACGCCGUGGACAGAAACCCGGUGGAGGAGGAGAAGAUUAGACGCAAGAGGCCGAAGGAUGAGGAACGGGUGGACUGGGAGGACUUGAUCCUGCAGGACACUGUGCCCCUUGUCGGUUUUGUCCGGAUGGUCCUCCACACUGGAAAGUACGAAAACGGUGACAGACUAAGUCCAGAACAUGAAAAAACAAUUCUGGAAAGGCUGCUUCCAUAUCAUCCACAGUUUGAAAAGAAGAUAGGAUGUGGAAUUGAUUUUAUCACAGUAGGAUUUCAUCCAGAAUUUGAGAACUCCCGUUGUCUGUUCAUAGUUCGGAAGGAUGGUGAGAUGGUUGACUUCUCAUAUUGGAAGUGCAUAAAAGGUCUUAUAAGGAAGAACUACCCCCUGCAUGCAGAUACUUUCAUUCUCAGACAUUUUCGAAGACGCAGGCAUACUGAUUGAAGUGACUCACGGGACAAGGUGCCCUUAUGUAUGUAUGUAUGUAUAAUUACUAACCGUAUGCCAAAUUAUUUUAAGUGAGAUAGCACUUUUCUCUGUUUGUUAUUCAGCAACAAUCUUGUAAUUUUUUUUAUUUAUAUAGAAAAUGGAAUUCAUUAUUUGGAGGCC